CCCCGCAGCGCUUCUUAUGAUCAGCUCGGUGUGUGUCUCCUCCUACCGCGGGCGCAAGUCGGGGAACAAGCCUCCGUCCAAAACAUGUCUGAAGGAGGAGAUGGCCAAGGGCGAGGCGUCGGAGAAGAUCAUCAUCAACGUGGGCGGCACGCGACAUGAGACCUACCGCAGCACCCUGCGCACCCUACCCGGCACCCGCCUCGCCUGGCUGGCCGAUCCCGACGGCGGGGGCCGGCCGGAGUCCGAUGGCGGUGGUGCAGGCAGCAGCGGCAGCAGCGGCGGCGGUGGCGGCUGCGAGUUCUUCUUCGACCGGCACCCGGGCGUCUUUGCGUACGUGCUCAACUACUACCGCACGGGCAAGCUGCACUGCCCCGCCGACGUGUGCGGGCCUCUCUUUGAGGAGGAGCUCACCUUCUGGGGUAUCGACGAGACCGACGUGGAGCCGUGCUGCUGGAUGACCUACCGGCAGCACCGCGACGCCGAGGAGGCGCUGGACAUCUUCGAGAGCCCGGACGGAGGCGGCGGUGGCGCGGGGCCCGGCGACGAGGCCGGCGACGAUGAGCGGGAGCUGGCCCUGCAGCGCCUGGGGCCCCACGAGGGAGGCGCGGGCCCCGGCGCCGGGUCUGGUGGCUGCCGCGGCUGGCAACCCCGCAUGUGGGCGCUCUUCGAGGAUCCCUACUCCUCCCGGGCAGCCAGGGUGGUGGCCUUUGCGUCUCUCUUCUUCAUCCUGGUGUCCAUCACCACCUUCUGCCUGGAGACCCACGAGGCCUUCAACAUCGACCGCAACGUGACGGAGAUCCACCGAGUGGGGAACACCACCAGCGUGCGCUUCCGGCGGGAGGUGGAGACAGAGCCCAUCCUGACCUACAUCGAGGGCGUGUGCGUGCUGUGGUUCACGCUGGAGUUCCUGGUGCGCAUCGUGUGCUGCCCCGACACACUGGACUUCGUUAAGAACCUGCUCAACAUCAUCGACUUCGUGGCCAUCCUGCCCUUCUACCUGGAGGUGGGACUGAGCGGCCUGUCGUCCAAGGCGGCCCGCGACGUGCUCGGCUUCCUGCGCGUCGUGCGCUUCGUGCGCAUCCUGCGCAUCUUCAAGCUUACCCGCCACUUCGUGGGGCUGCGCGUGCUGGGCCACACCCUGCGCGCCAGCACCAACGAGUUCCUGCUGCUCAUCAUCUUCCUGGCCCUGGGCGUGCUCAUCUUCGCCACCAUGAUCUACUACGCGGAGCGCAUCGGCGCCAGGCCCUCCGACCCGCGGGGCAAUGAUCACACCGACUUCAAGAACAUCCCCAUCGGCUUCUGGUGGGCCGUGGUCACCAUGACGACGCUGGGCUACGGGGACAUGUACCCCAAGACGUGGUCAGGCAUGCUGGUGGGGGCGCUGUGUGCCCUGGCCGGCGUGCUCACCAUUGCCAUGCCCGUGCCUGUCAUUGUCAACAACUUCGGCAUGUACUACUCUCUGGCCAUGGCCAAGCAGAAGCUGCCCAAGAAGCGGAAGAAGCACGUACCUCGGCCGCCUCAGCUGGAGUCGCCCAUUUACUGCAAGUCGCAGGAGACCUCGCCCAGGGACAGCACCUACAGCGAUGCCAGCCCCCCUGCCCCAGAAGAGGGUGUGGUUGAGAGGAAACGGGCAGACUCCAAGCAGAACGGCGAUGCCAAUGCAGUGGUGUCAGAUGAGGAGGGAGCCGGCCUCACCCAGCCCCUGGCCUCUGCCCCCACCCCCGAGGAGCGCCGGGCCCUGCGACGCUCUGGCACCCGAGACAGAAACAAGAAGGCAGCUGCCUGCUUCCUGCUCAGCGCUGGGGACUAUGCCUGUGCUGAUGGUAGUGUCCGGAAAGAAGGGGGUACUGGGAUGAGGAACCAUCUGGAAACCAAGUUACACGAGGAGCUCAGCCUGGAGAAGACUUGGUGGAAACUUGAUGACGAUCAAGUUCAGGCCUUUGGAAAAGAGAGGCUUCCUAAUAACAAAACUCCUGAAGAAAUGGGCUGUCCUGUGAGAGGUGAAGUUCCCGCCCUGGAGGUUGGAAGAGACUCUGGAUGAUUGUGUGCUGGGGGUUGGUGGGAGGAAUUCCUGUUCAGCCUGGAAGGUGGAAGCCUGACUUACCACGGGCCACACAGCUAUUAGGGGUGGAGGUAGGUCCAGAACCCAGGUCUUCUGAACAGGACUCAGAUAAGCUCCUUUCCCAGCAUGACAUUCCUCGAAGUCCUUCACUCUAGGGUGGAAUGCCCUGCUAAACUCCCUGUCUGCCUCUCCCCAGCCAAUUAUGGGCACAGGCUGGGGCAGAGAUUGGCAUUUGUGGUGCAUCCUGUCCCAAGUGACUCGGUGGAUACCCUGGGCUUGGGUUGACAAUGUGUACGCUGUGCCCACCCAUAUAGCCUCCCAGGGCCCCGACAGCAUCACCACAGUGAGCACCUGCCUUCAUCUCCCAGUUCCAGGCCCUUGUGUGUGCCCACCCGGGUACCCACACAACAGGUGGCACACGAGCAGGCUCCGUCACCUGGGGCUGUGGUAAGCACACCCAUGUACCAACAGCCAGCGUUGCUCCAGAGGCCAGCAAAGGGCUGCCAGGGACUCUGGGACUUGCUGUCUCCCGGGAGACCUCAGUUGGACUUGACUAGAGCACCACGGGCUGAGAGGAAGCCAGGAGGACGGCUGUGGCUCCAAGUCAGAGAGACCUUCUGCUGUUGGUGCCGGAAGCCUCUCCUUUCCCCACAGCUCUGUGGGGUCCCCGCCUGCCAUAUUUGCCUGUUUCUAGGGCUCCUCUGUAAGAGUCUCCUGGAACUGCAGGGCUCUGCUUGUUGCUGGGUUAGGGCCUCUGCUUCCUCAAUCAGCAAUACCUGGUGUGGAGAGAGGGCGUGGCUCCUCUCCCCAAGGCUGAGCCAGAGGUGUCAUCGUUAAUCCCGCCCUCUCAUUCCUUAAUUCAACUCACUCACUCACCGUGCGUUAAAUCUGUAUGAGAUGCCUGUACUGUGUCCUGGGGAACCAAUAGUGAAGAAGAGCAGUGGAAUCCCUGCCCUUAUGGAGCUUACAUUCUAAUGGGGGAGGUAGGCCAGAAGACCAGUAGAUCAAAAUAUCUAAUAAUAUACACCCCCCCCCCCCCCCCACUCCAAGCCAUUAGUGAGUCCUAUCAUUCCAAGCUCUGAAAGGUGUUUCAUGUUCUCCACCUCCUGCUCUCUGCCCUCCAACUCUGAAGGUGGGCUCCAUCUCCUCUUUCCUGGUCUCCCUGGGUCCCACUGCCCGUCCACCACCCAGCCUCCACCCAGCAGCCAGAGAGGGCGUCUUAAACGGAAACCAGAUCGUGCGACCCCUGCCCAAAACCCACAGUGGCUGGAUUCCCACUGCAUUUCGAAUAAAAUCCAAAGUUCUUCAAAGGAAGGCUGGCCCUCAAAGCCCUGCAGCUCAUCAGGCCUCCGCCUGCCUCAGCAGAUCAUUCCUGCCCCUCUCUCCGCCCCCGGAAAACUUUCUCACCCGUGCCAGCCUCUUCCACCUUUAGUGGUUUACACGUGCUGUUCCCUCACCUGGGCCACUGUGAGCCACCUCACUUGACCCCUUCGCUUGGCUGAGUUCUCACUCUUUGGGUCCAACUUUAAGGGUCACUUGCUCGGUGACCUGCACCCCCUCACCCCCCACCCCCCACCUCUGUGGUUUUUUCCGGUCACUGCAGCUGUUCAUUUGCUUCAUGGUACUUUCUUCCUCCUAGCUGUGUGUGUCUAUUGCCUGCUUUCCUGUAAGUACCUGGGGCCUAGCACCGUGUGAAAUAAAUGUUUUAUGAAUGAACGAAGGGGCAGAGGUGGGCCUGGCAUGAGUAAGUGCUGAACUCUGUCCUCCCGUAUCCCUCCCAAGCUGUCUCAGGCUGGCUUUUGCACCUCAGUUUUAGGGCAUUCCUGGGAGUCCUUGGGGAAUAACGUGAAAGCUCUUCUCUUUACCUGAUACACUUCCUGCCUGAGAAACUGUGAGAAUAAUGAGGAGAGCUGGAAGAGGGGAACUGAGAGGAGAGUUCCCAUAGCUCUUCCUUUCAGAACUUAACCAUUUUUACGUGGUGUUUUGGAUGCUUGCAGAUUUCCGCUGCCCGGACUGUGAGCUACCCCAGGGAGCUGAUCCAUCCCGGGGGCCCCUUCAGGGCUUGGGUGCUCCCUGCAUAGUAGGUGCUCAGGGAAAUGUUUAAGUGAGUAAAGAAAGAGAUGGAAAAGGAAGAAGAGUGAGGAAGAAGAGAAGGCAAGGGAAGGAAGAGGGAGGGAGGAAGGGAUGAAGAGAGAAGAGAGAUGGCUGCGGGAAGUGAGGUUGGGGCAUGGGAAGGAGGGAAGGAAAACCUGGAGGCAGGAGUUGCUGGCCCAGCUUGGCCCUCAGGCCAGUGCCCCCUUCUUCUGUGGGCUCCUUCCUGAGCUCUGAGCCUCCAAAUCCUGCUCAGGCCUCUGGGUGGGGCAGAUCCUGGGGCCACUGUGGGUGACCACCCCUGAGGGGACCUCUGGAGGGACACAGUCUCAACCUGUGGCAUGACUCCAUUCCUAAUGUCCCCAGAGAGUCCCCCUUCACGCUCCCCCCAAGUCCUCAUCUUUAGGCCCCAGGCCAAGGACAGUUACUUCCAACGCACCAUCAGUGAUCAAAAGUUCAGAGCAAACAAAGGGGAACAAACAAAAAGACUUUCCUCCAUGCCUUCAGCCCUCGGCCCCAGAGGGGCUCAGAGGGGAGGUGGCCCACCUCCCCAUCACGGCCCAGGCUGGGCCAGCUGCCCCUCGGGAGGACCUGGGCGAGCCCAGGAGGCGGGGAGACCCAGAGGACCUGUUCCCGCACUAGCUGUUGCCAUGGUGGCCCUCCCAGGGGUGGCGGUUCCCAAGGUGCUAUGGAGAGCAGAGUUGUGCCACCACCACCAUCAGCACCGUGUAGAAGCUGCCUGGGAUCUUUAACCCUUCCUAGGCUGCUGGCUGCUCAGCCUGGGGGCCAGGCUGUGCCCUCCUCUCAGUGCACCAGGUGGCCAUAGGACCAAGGAACAGGACAGGACCAGCCUCCUUCCCAAUGCCCCACCUGCAUCCAGCCUCGUGCCUCGGGAUGGCCUCCUCCCCUGAGGGGACUACACUGUACUCCUAGCAGGUCAGUUAGGGACCUACUUCCUCUCAGGACCCCAGCUGAAGCUGAUGACCACUCCCUAGUGGGGAGUAGGGGGCAGGUAAGAAGGCUCUAGAGGGUAACACUCUCCCUCUGGGCCUCAGGGUGCUGGACUGUGACAAUUGAACUCCCCGACUCUCUUCCUGGGUUCUUCUCUUCCCUUGUCAGUGGCUCUCACAACCGCCCUCCCUUUAAUGCCCCCCAAAACACAAAUACUUCCAGAGUCCUUCUGCUCUCUUCACCCUCUCUUCAUGUUCUAAUCUAUGCAUAGGAAAGUAUCUUGUGUUGGUCAUCCACACUCUAGUAUAAAUUAGAGCCCAUGUAUGCUUUAUUUCUCAGGAUAUGGGAUUACUAGACCUCAUGUCAAUUUAUGGAAUGAGAGCUUUAUUCUCUGUUAUAGGAGAUCCUAGCAAGGUGGAUGAUUUUUUUGUUCAGAAGAGAAGGAAAGCAGGUGCUUCCUUGUGUGAGUCAAAUUAGAGGCCAGGGCUCUACAAGGACUUCUGCCUUGGGUCUGCUUAACAAAAAAGAAAAUGGAACACCAAAGAGAGCUCGAAAGUGAUACGCAAUAGGAGUUGCCUCUAGACAGCAGGUCCUCUCUCUCUUUUUUUGCCCCCUUCCGCAUCCCAGUAUUGAGUCCUCUUCCUGGCACCCUCUUAUUCAUCCCUCAAGGUCACACAGCUGUCACCUCCUCUGAGAACCCUUCUAGGAUUCUUUCUGCGUGCUCUCACUGCACCUUGUUUGCCCCUGCAUUACGGUACUUUGUGUAGCUUGUUGCUUGUUCACUCAGUUAUGGAUGCUUUACCUUUGUAACACUUUUAUCUCCAGCCCCUGCUCAGUGCUCGGAGGUCAAUGAUGAAGGAAGGAAGGAAGGAAAGGAGGGAGGGAGGGGUAGAAAGCGGAUGAAUUAGCUGCUCACUGCUGACUCCUGUCCUUCACACCUGUCAUCCUAGCCCAUGUUCCGGUUUCAGAAUUUGCCCAGAACAAUUCCCUGGAAGGUUCGGCCCCUCCCUUUACCCCCCACCACUGUGUGCCAGCCAAGUCUCCCCGCUGCCUCCGCGCCCCACCCCACCCCCACCACCAGUGCUCCCAGCCACUGUCCCACACUCCCUUCGGCUUCCCUGGCUGUGACCAGCUGGGCUUUUCCUUCCGGAUAUUAAUGGCUAAGAUUGGCAGUAGAGUCUGCUUGGAAGGGCCAGGGGCUCGUGUGCUGGCUUCUGCUUCAUCUUUCUCCUUCUCAGCCUUCAUCAGGGUGUUCUUUUAUGAGGCUCGUGUCCUCCCCAAUUCUCUGAGUGCCAGUCUGCUUGCUCAGGUGUGCACUCCUGAGCACAAUUCCUGCUGCAUAAGAGGCCAUAGAGAGAGGCCAGAAGGGCUUGUCUCCGUAAGGGCCUGAUCCAGUCCCAUGAUAUUGCUGGGCUUCAAGCUCACACCUGUGUUGUGGGAAUCACACCUCCCCUGCCCUCAUCCAAGGGAAUUCUGAAGAUUAAAUGAGAAAGUGGGUGGAUGGCGUCUCUGGAUUCCCUACCUGAAGUGAAAGGUUUCAUUCCUCCAACCUCCUCUCAGGGGCUGAGGUAUUCCUCCAGAAUCAGAGUCCAUGCCUCUGGAAAGAGUAAUAGCUAACACUGAGUGUUUACGCGGGCCACGCACUGAGCUAAGCCCUAUAUGUGGAUUAGUCCUCAGAACAAGGGCUCUUUUAAUCACUCCCAUUUAUGGAUGAAGAAAUCGAGGCAGGGAAGCCCCACAGAUAGUUGAUUUCACAGCCUGAUUUUGACCUGAACCCAUUCAGCCUGGCCCUGGCCCCAUGCUCCUGACCACUGGCUCUAUGGCCACACACAGUCCCAGGUAGGAGCUGGCCUCUCAGCACCAGGACUACCACUGCCAUCGAUUUACUACCCACAUUCAGAAUGCUGAUUCUGGCUGCCACUGGCUUUGCCACUGAUGAGCUGGGCAACGGUGGGCAAAUGACUUCACCUCUCUGAGCAUGGUCUCU